CCACGCAAGGAGAGGCUUCGCCUGACCUGCAAGGCCGCGUCGCCAUAGCAACAGAAAAGAGCGGAAGUGCAGGGGCGGUGCCCAGAGCUCGCGCGUGGCGGCGAUUGGCUGGCGGGGGAGCGAGGGGGCGGGGCCGGAACCGGCUGCGGAGUGUUGCCAUGGGCGCGGCGGCGGUGGCUGGUGCCGGGGCGUCCGGGGCUCAGUGUUGUUGUCUUGGGUGCGGCGGGAAAGGCGGGCGCCGGGCGGACCCCUGCGGCCUGCUCUGCCUGCUCCUGACCUACCUGAGCGUGGGCUACGCCGACUAUGUGGUCCUCGAGCACGUGCUACUCCAGCCAGGCUUCCGGGGCAGCCUCUGGUGCCCUUUCCAUGCGGUGGCGUUCAACUUCAUUGUGGUGAUGCUCCUGGCCUGCCACACAAGAGCCGUCUUUGCAGACCCAGGCAUGGUCCCACUUCCUGACACUGCACUUGACUUCUCAGACCUGCGAAGCAGCAACAGCGCACUGCACAAGAGCAGCCAGGACUGGACAGUGUGCAACCGCUGCGAGACAUAUCGACCGCCGCGGGCGCACCACUGCCGCAUCUGUCACCGCUGCGUGCGCCGCAUGGAUCACCAUUGCCCUUGGAUCAACAACUGUGUUGGGGAACUCAACCAGAAAUAUUUCAUCCAGUUUCUCUUCUAUACAGGCCUGGCGAGCCUUUAUGCCAUGGGGCUGGUCCUGACCACCUGGCUGUGGCCUGCAGACAAGGGCUCGGCGGUGAAAGCGGAAGGAGCCGAGGGUGGCGUUUCUGGCAACCGCAGCCAAAUUGCUCACCGUAUCAUCCUAUUGGUGGAAUCCAUCCUCUUUGGACUCUUUGUCACUGUCAUAUUUUAUGACCAGCUGGUCUCUAUUAUCACGGAUGAGACCCCAAUCGAACAGCUGCGCAACCGGCUCCUGAAGAAGGCGCACCAGGAGGUGUCCCACACGCGGAAGCCCAAGAUUGCCCUUCUGCGGGAGGUGUUUGGCCGAGGUUUUGUGGUGUGCUGGUUCUUCCCGUGCAGCUGCACCUCCUCCUCCGCCAGCAGGCCUUCCUACAGCUAUUUGCCCAACUACGAUGUGUGACUUUCUUGUGACUCCUUGGUUGCUCUGCUUGCACGUGGACUCCGUUUCACCCGGCUUCCUUUGCUACAGCCUUCGGAGGAGGCAACCACUGCAACGUCCGGAUCCCGGAAGGGUGCCUGCGGCCCAUAAGCGUUGGUAGAUAUCACCACCUUCUUCCUCCUGCCCAGGCGAAGGUUUCCCAGACUCCUGUCUUGCUUGUGCAGAAUUUUGGAGCCGUGGUGUUGCGUUUGCUGGGAUCCAUCCACUCGAACAGUCACGGGGUGGGAGACCUUGUCAUUUGUUGUUGACGAUGCUUGCAAAGACCUCCUUGUCCCCGUCCAAGCCCUGGUGCAGCUUUUUCAGGUCAUAAUAUGUGUUGUCGGAGGCUUUCAUGGCCGGAAUCACUGGGUUGCUAUGCAUUUUCCAGGCUGUCUGGCCAUGCCCCAGAAGCAUUCUCUCCUGACAUUUCGCCCACAUCUAUGGCAGGCAUCCUCGGAGGUUAUGAGGUUUAUUUAUUUAUUCAAAACAUUUAUAUUCCGCCCUUCCUUCUCGCCCCGAAGGAGACUCAGGGUGGAGCACAACAUCUAUAUGGCAAGCAAUAAUAUCAGAGUGAAAUAAUAAAUGUAUUAAUGAUAAUAAAAAACAGUAAAAUAAAUGUAAUAGUAACAAUAAUAAUUGAGUAAAAUAAUAAAUGUAAUACAGUAGAGUUCCGGUUAUUCGACAUAAAUGGGCGGGCCGAAUGUCGAAUAACUGGAUCUGACGGAUAAUAGGGAGGCCCUAUUAUCCAGCAAGCCGGUCGAAGGAAGUGCCCCGUGCACGUUUCUAGGUAGAUAACAAGCUACCUAACAAUGCUCAGGAGUGCUUCCUAAGCCGCUCUGCCCCUUAGGAAGCGCCCGUGCGUGUUGCUAGGUAGCUUGCUAUCUACCUAGCAACACGCACAGGUGCCUCCCAAGGGGCAGAGCAGCGAGCACUCGGCACGUUACUAGGUAGCUUGCUAUCUACCUAGCAACGCACAUGGGCACUUCUCUGCUCGCUGCCCUGCCUCUUGGGAGGUGCCUGUGCGCGUUGCUAGGUAGAUAGCAAGCUACCUAGUAACGUGCAUGAGCGCCUCCCAAGGGGCCUGGGACGUCGGAUAAUACGGAGUGUCGGUUAACCGGAAGUCGGUUAACCGGAACUCUACUGUAAUAUCAAUAAAAAUAGAGAAGAAAAUUAAUGUACCAUAUAUACGCGAGUAUAAGCUGACCAGGACCCUUACUUGAGUAUAAGCCGAGGGGGACUUUUUCAGUUGAAAAACUAGGCUUGUACUCAAAUAUAUACAGUAUUUUAAAAUGAGCUGUUUAAACCAACUUCAGGACACCACACCAGCUCUGGAUUUUGACCGGCACCAUGUAUAACUCUGAGGACGCCUGCCAUAGAUGUGGGUGAAACGUCAGGAGAGAAUGCUGCUUCUGGAACAUGGCCAUACAGCCCCGGAAAACUCACAGCAACCCAAAGUUCAGAAAUAUUAUAAACCCCAUUUGCCUCGUUCCAAACAGACCUCACAACCUCCGAGGAUGCUUGCCAUAGGUGUGGGCAAAACAUCAGGGGAGAAUGCUGUUUCCGGAACAUGCCCAUACAGCCCAGUCAUAAUAUGCACAACAACCCAGUCAUAAUAUGUGAUAGUGGGAAGGGAUUGACAAUCUUUUUAAUGUCUCCCAUAGAGAAUUUAUGCCAUUUUCCAUGGGCAAAAGGGCUGCAUUGUCCAUCAUUGGAUUUCUCCUCUAAUCCAUCAUUAUAGAGUUUGUCUAUUAUUUAUUUUAGGCCUAAUCUUGGAAGCUAAGCAGGGUCAGCUCUGGAUAGUAAGAGGUUGCCAGUCAGUCUCAAAGGAAGACACUAUUGAGUAUUCCUCGCCUAACAAAACCCUAUGGAAUUCCUUGAGUUUGCCAUUAAGACAUGGCAACUUGAAAGGCACAUAUAGGUAAAUAUACAUUAUUUAUUUUAUUAUUAGUAUAAUGUAAUAAAAUCGUGCACAGUAAGACUAAACAAGUGUAUUGGUUGCCAUGCAAAAGUGAACGAAACAUUUACCUCUAUUAUUAUUAUUAUUAUUAUUAUUAUUAUUUAUUCUUUGUCUAUCCUGCUUUUCUCCUGUGGGUGGGAUUCAAAGCGCUGUACAAAAUAUAAAAUUCAUACAAAUACA